AUGGAGAAUAAGUGUGAGGUCUUGAGCCUGGCUGACUGGGAGGAGGGUGGUGCCCUUGUAGUAAUAGAGAAGUUUGGAAGCAAGGUAAAUUGGGGCUACUAUACCCUCUUCCUCUACGGGAUAGACUCGAGGAUCAAAGAAGUGGCGAUCCCACCGCCCUCUACCCUAGCCAGACCACCACUGAACUAUGGGAUUCACUUCUGGACCCUGCAGUUGAAGGAAGAUAUUGGUAAGCUGGAGACUGUCCAAAGGACAGCACCGGAGAUGGUACAGGACCCGGAGUUCAUUUUGUAUGAAGGUUGUCGUUUUCAUCAGGGAUCCCAGUUGUCCAAGGAGUUUGGAAGUUCUUCUUGUACUGUGAUCACAAUCGCUGGAGGUGCAAGAGCCAACAUGAUGACAGACUCCAAAGGCUGGACUUGUGGUGCUCGGGGCCCUCGGCUCCGUCCCAGUAGAGCCUGCAGCCUGGUUACCCGGUGCUGCUGCUGCUCCUCCUCCUCCUCCUCCUCUUCCUCCUCCCUCCCGCCACCGCUGCCGCCGCCGCCCCAGGACUCAGCGGAGCCUUAUUCAGAAGCUGCAGCCGCCACCGCCGCCGCCCUCAGGAUGGUGAUCCGCGUGUACAUCGCGUCCUCCUCAGGCUCCACCGCGAUUAAGAAGAAACAGCAAGAUGUCUUGGGCUUCUUGGAAGCAAACAAGAUAGGAUUUGAAGAGAAAGAUAUCGCCGCCAACGAAGAGAAUCGGAAAUGGAUGCGUGAAAACGUACCUGAGGAAAGUCGCCCAGCCACAGGGAAUCCACUUCCCCCUCAGAUCUUCAAUGAGAGCCAGUACCGUGGGGAUUAUGAUGCUUUCUUUGAAGCCAGAGAAAAUAAUGCAGUGUAUGCCUUCUUGGGUUUGACAGCCCCACCUGGGUCAAAGGAAGCCCAAGCACUGGCAAAGCAGCAAGCGUGAACCCUUCUGCCUUCUGGCCUUAUGCCUCCUGUCGAGGGAUUCGCCACCGCAGUCGCUUUUCUAAAAUAGCAAAAUUAUCUUGGCUUCCAGAAAACAAUAGGCUUCAUGUCUACAGCAUCAAUUUGUUGCUUGGUGUGCUCAGCGUCCCAACAAUAGCCAAUGGAAUACAUGAUUAAAAUGUGAAUGUUAUAUGGUUAGAGCUUAUGGGAGAUGAUUAUUGGAAAAUUGCAAGUAGAUGUGAUGGAGUGGUUUUGUGAUCUGUCUGGGCAUCUGUGCCCCCCCCCCUUUUGGUAAUCGUAAUGCAGAAACCUCUUUUUUUAUAUUAUUAUUUUUAUUGUUAACUGCAGCUUAAGUAUCUCUAGAGCUCCUGUUGUUAAGCAUAUGUGAAUCCAAAAUAAAAUGGGAGGGGAAGAGAA